GUCAAUUCUCUCGAAGAAUUACAAAAAGGAUUCAACAAGAAAUUUUCACAUGCCUUAACCAUUCUGAAUGUUCUCAUCGAUAAGAAGUCGCUUCGAAAAAGUAUAUUUAAUUGAUCAAGCAAAAACCUAAGAUAACAUUCCUUUACACUAUGUUUGGGAAAGGGUGUAAAUGGAAGGGGGUGCAAGUUUGGAGGGGUAAACACAAGUUCCAAGGUGUUUACCCCCGUUUGGUUAUUUUGUAACAGUAGAGGGGUGCAAAACGUGAGCGUAAAUUCACUGUUUCGGCUUACCCCCCAAAUUGGGGUGCAAGGGGAGGAAGGAAGGGAGGGGGAAGGGGGAGGAGGGGAAUUAUGAAUUUUUAAUUAGAUUAUAAUUACAUAAUAAUUAAUAUUAUUAAUUUUUUCGUAUAUCUAUAUUAGUGUAGAAGUUGUUUGGGGUUGACCGUUUGACUCAGAGAGCAAGUUUGUCAAUGUUCGCCUCGUCAAAUCGAUAUAUCUUAUUUGACCCGAAUUUGCAUUGAAAAUUAGAGAUAAGAAGCGUUUGUUGAAAAGAUAGAGAGGAACAGUUUAGUUAACUCGAUUUACUUUAAUAAGUAGUUAAAACCUACAGAUUCGAACGUGUUUGACUAAGUUUGACCAUAUUCAAUUUAAAGUUAGGCACGAGAACCCCGUUAGGAUGACUAGUUACGAGUUGGAUUUCGAGUUUCGAGGUUGCUCGACCAAUGAUUAUUAUUGUUGUUAUAAAUAAUUAUAUUUGAGCAUUAUUAUAUAAUAAUUAUUUUUAUUAAAAUUAUUUUUAUUAUUAUAUAUUGAAUUUUCAUGUUAUUAUUUUGUGAUAAUAUUUUAUAAAUUGAUAAAUUUAUUUUAUAAUAAUAUAAUUACUUACUUUUUACUCUAUUUGCACCCCCCUACUUUUUCAUCCAAACAACAAUUUACCCCUCCACUUACACCCUCCACCAAGUUGCACCCCCCAACAAUUUACCCCUCAACUUGUACCCCCCUCGAACUUGCACCCCCCUUGUUGCCAAACAUAGUGUCCUUUAGAGAACAUUCAGAACAUUGUUUCUUCGAACACUUGUGAGUAGUGACGCAAGUUCCUGCUAACGAAACCCAAAUUGUUGGCUUUGAUUGGUUUCAAACAUUAUUGAGCUGAAUGGCUCUUGAAAGCCACCGUCUCAUAAAAUGGAACAGCCUACCUAUACUUAAACGUGGCCGAAACUGAAAAUUACAAGAUGACAUUAAAAUUUUACCCUUGCACGUUCCAGCAGUGUGCUACUCUGCCUUUGACCUGCCGGUGCUUCCUUAGAAUUCAGUUGCAACUUGCAACUUUCCUACCGGCCAGUAGAAUUCCUCGGGGGAGAGGACCAGGUCACAUUCUUCAUGCUUUGGCACGAGAAGUCGAGAACAUCAUCCUCUGUGACCUCGCAUUCAUACUCAUCAGGAACACCCCAGGGAACCAACUCUGCGUUUACAUUCAAAAGAUGAUGAAGAUCAAUAUUGUCAGUCUCUCUUCAUUUUCACUCUCAUGCAUUCGCAGAAUGAACAACCAGUAGUUUAACGAUAACCAUAUUAGCCAGAGUUCGAGGAAAUAUUCUACUACAACGAAGUGGAGCUGCUUGUAUUGCUAAGAACUGAUAAGGGAAAAGCAAACUAAAUGUGAAACAUUUGAUGAUUUGAUACCAUCAUCAUGCGUAUGAUAUGCUAUUGCACGUCGAGGAUGAAACAGCAAGGUUGUGCCACAUCAACCAGGGAGUAGCACAAACCAACAUAGACCCAGAGACAAUCAGCAUUUUAUAUAUCAAAUAACCAAUCAACUGAAUGACUAAAGCCAUAGAGUUGUUCAUCUUGUUACAUUGUCUCCCUAGUACAUUGUACAUGACAUAAACCAGAUAGGACUCUAGAAUCAAACACAAAACAGUCACAAACUCCAAUUCAGGAUUGUGAAAACAUGAGAGCAAUCCCAAAGUCCUAAACCAAAACUUUCAAUAAGCGUUAGAAAUUGUUAUCAUCCUCAAAAUAAGACUACAAGAAAGUACAAUAAAAGCUUUUAAUCGAAGGUUUUAUGUGUAGAAAACAUAUGACAGACAGCCAUAGUACUUCAUUUCGCCAGACAUUUUCAGACAAAUAUUGGACGAUGGUCUUCCCCUACAACUCACACACUGACUCCUACUCUAGCAGAUUACAAACAUCUUGAAAAAGCAAAGGAACUUCACUAGAAAUCCAACCCCGUCCUCCAAAGUUCCAAACACAUUAUAAUCUUUAGUAGGUCAUGAUAAAGCCAUAGAUAUCUCAAUUUAAGAGGCACCAAUUUUAAAUCCAAUAACUAAAUUCCGUCAACCAUUUUCAGCGUAGCUGUGCUGUCAAAUGAAGAUGCUCCGUAUUAUAGACUUGACUAUUCUAUGGUGCUUAAGCAAAGCAAUCAUGCAUUGGCGGCAGAUAAAACUCAAAUGAAGCAUUCAACAAAAAUCUUACUGACCGAUCAUUUUCACGAUGUGCUUGAGCUCGUUCCUGCCAUCCUCGACUUGGCUGUAUCCGAGCCUCUUCUCGAUUGCCUCCUGAUCCUCCUCCUCAUGGCAAACUUUCAGCCUGCGCUUAAUCAAGCUACCCCCUGACCUCAAGCCUCCUCGUCGCAUGAUCACCUUGGGCAUCAAUGACCGAGCGAUCAAUCACAGGAACAGCAGAUGAUGCCUUUUCAGAGAUUCAAUAGCAACUUUUCUAGUUUUGAGUAGAAUUCCUUCGUGGGAGUACCAGGUCGAUGUAGGGGAACGUGCUUAGGCACUGGAGCAUCAUUCUCUAUGACCUCACAUUCAUAGUCAUCAGGAACAUCCACUGCAUCCCACUCUGCAAAUACAGUCAAAAGAUAAUGAAGAUCGUUACUGUUAUCGCUCUCCAUUUAUUUCCAUGCAUUAGCAGAAAGAAAACCAAUACUAUAACACUAAGCAUAUCAGCGCGAGUUUGAGGAAAUAUUCAGCUGCAGCAAAAUGGUGCUGCUUAUGUUGCAAAGAACAGAUAGGGAAAGAGAGGGGGAAACUAAACAUUUGAUGAUAUCAUUCAAUCAUCGUGGAUAUUUUACGCUAUUUGCUGUCAGGGAUGAAACUAUGGCCUUGCAUCAUUACGACAAGAGAAUAGCAUAGACCAACAUAGACCAAGAGACAGGCAGCAUGUUUAUACGUCAGAUCACUGAUUAACUGAAAUGGCUUGAGCCAUAUAAUUUUGUUCAUCUCAAGUGGUUACAUAAUCUCGUGGUACAUUGUACAUGAUUUAAACCAGAUAGUCUCCAGAAUCAAAUGCAAAACGAACACAACACCAGUUCAGGAUUGUGCAAACACGAGAAAAAUCCCAAAGCCUACACAAACUUUGAAACAACCCUUAUAUCAUUAAAACUGAGUCUACUAA